AUGGUCUCUGCUGAGUACAAGCCUCAACGGCAGUGCGCCAAAUGCAGUGGUCAAUCAGGCAUCCUAAUUCAGGGUGUCUGGUUGCGGCCUGUCGUUUUAGGGUUUUAGGGUUUGGUGUAGCCAACGUCUCCAUGAUCGCCGUUGUAGGCGCGCAUAAGUGUAGCACGCCCGAUUGGCCCAUCGAUAUGCCCACCUUCAUUAGAGCACCUACACCUAUGCCUACCUUAUUUGGGUACCUACACUCAUGCCUGUCUUUUUUGGGUACCAACACUUAUGCCUGUCUUAUUUGGGUACCUACACUUAUGCCUGCCUUAUUUGAGUACCUACACUUAUGCCUGUCUUACUUGGGUACCUACACGUAUGCCUGCCUUAAUCGGGUACCUACUCUUUUGCCGCCUAAGGCUGUGCAUCUAUUC